CUCUCGCCACACUGCAUACUUCUACAGCUGUACUCCAUAUAUAUGACCAUCAGCGUGCUCCACAUACAGUCCCGUUUGACCAAUAUAUCUCACCUGUGCAGGGAUGGUCAAUUUUCCAACAAGGCUUUGGCCCCUGAUGAUUUGGGUGAGUGUGGUCUCUUCUGUCACCCCUCAUCCUGAGUGAAGCCCCCUCUGUUCCCCUAAACACACACGCAUUCAAACCACGGCGAUGACACACCAUUCCAACAACUCUGUUCGAGACCAUAUGAAAUGGGCUGGGUUGCUGGGCUGUGAGGCGGUGCUGUCCAGCAUGGCCCUGAUGCAAGCCAACAGCAUCCCAGGCCAGAAGAAGAUGAUGUCACCCUUGGGUCAGGGGCACAGGGCCAGUCCUGAGAGCCAGCAAACCCACUCGCAGCACAACCACCAUGGACACCAGGUUCAUCAUGGACAACCACACAACAGCCACAUGGGCCAUCCUUCAGCCGGGAGCUGUCCACCCCUGCUAAUCCGAAAAGACGGUGAUUAUCACUCAUCAAGACUGAUGGAUGGAAAGGACAUGCAGGCAAACCAGAAUAUGCAACCCAAGAAAAAGCACAAAAAGUCAGGGUCAUCCAACAAAGUUAAAGAAAAAGUGGAGCAUAUACUUCCACCAGUCGAUAUGGAUGACGACAGUUCCUUGAAGGUCCAGAAGAACUUCAUCUGUGACCACUGCUAUGGAGCUUUCCGGAGUAGCUACCACCUCAAGCGACAUAUACUUACACAUACAGGGGAAAAGCCGUUUGCUUGUGAUGCGUGUGAUAUGCGGUUCAUUCAGCGUUACCACCUGGACAGACACAAGAGGGUGCACAGUGGAGAGAAGCCGUACCAGUGUGAUCGCUGCCAUCAGAACUUCUCGCGGACAGACCGGCUGCUGAGGCACCGUCGUCUGUGCACAGUUGGGAUGAGCAAAGAGGAAAACCAGUACUCACAGGAUGCAUCUGCCCAUCCAGCUUCCUGGAGCCCCCUACAGCCUUCUAACAACCGUCUGACUGUCUGACCCCCCGCCCCCCAGGACCCCACAGAGAUCCUACAGACAACAGCAGUCUGCAGCUCAGUAAUGUCGAACAUUGGAGCUCAACAGUACUGUAACCUGAAAACAGCCUAGCUUAAACACAACCAAACUUUAGUUUGCUCUCACCAGCUCAUUCAUAGAGCUUGAUAGUAGGUUUUUGUACUUUUUUUAACUACUAUUACAUUCAUGAUACAUGCAAACGGAGGAAGACAAAUUCUCAAUCUUGGACAACAGAUCAUGGUAUUCUGGCAAUAAUUUCACGAAAAACUCCUUUUAUCUGAAAGGUUGCAGGUAUUUUUUGGUAUCACUGCCAAGAGAUUACAAGUAUUUUUGGCUGCAUGGACUGUCUGCUGUGAGCCGCAGAGCUGCCCGUUACUUCAUGUGGACAGUUCACAUAAGGACACAAACACAGAACCGUGUAGCUUUUUAGUUUCCUUCUCAUUUUAUUUUCCUUAGGUUACUAAUCAUGGACCAGCUUCUGCUGAUAAGUGAAACAGCACAGCAGACUUGUGGUCCGUGCUGCCUCGAGGAAGUAAUUACCCACCUAUCCAAUACUGUGUUGUGUGCUAAACACAACAACUACAGUAUACAACACUAAAGACAGGUUGAAUAACACUGACGGUUAACUAGAUUCUCCUGAAAUGUCAAAUAAUCUUGGUGUUAGUUAAGUUGUGUUGCGACUGUUGGCACACAUGUUCACUACUGUUCCUUGUUUUAAAGGGGUGAUGUCCUGACUGUUAAUAGGUUACACUGUUGAAAGGCUGUAGAAGGCUGACAGGUUUUGUAGGAAUAGCCGAGAUUUUGAACAAAUUUAGUGAGCUUUUUUGUAAUGUUUAGCUGGAUGUAGGAACCACUUACUUGUGGCAAAAAUGAGUUGCUUCCUAAAGUGCUUCUGUAAUAACACCCUCGAGAUAAAUUCAGUGCGUUUACCGUCUCCGUCUCUGUUCCUAGAAACCACUGUCAGUCUUACUUCUUUCCACUCAGUGUUAGAUUCCUCUGACUUUGAAAGACUUUCAAAAGUAUUUUUAUAAGUGAGGCUGGGUCAGCAUAUUAUCUGUAAUGCUGAGAUCUACCUAAAAGUUUCUGACAGUGCAUUACCCUGUGAAAUCUCAUCAGAACUGAUUUUUAUGAGGCUGUUUCCACAGAGGUGGAUCAAAAGUCCAGCCCUAGACCUAAAAUCAUUUUCACUGCUGGUACUGGGAAAAUUUUCUUGGUGCUAACCAGUUUUAGUUCAGUGCUCGUGAAAAUGGCCCAGAUCAGUUCAAACAGUUUAAAGUAUAAUUUUGCUCAUCCAUUAGAUUUUGAGAGCUGACCUCUGUCUUGACCUGACUGAAUGUGAUCUGAAUACAGUGCCAUGUCAUUUCAUCUCCAGUUUGACCUUGAGCAUCUUCAGUGAAGAUGAUAAUUGUACUUUGUGGACAGGGCAAUACAAGGUCCAUGUGAUGUUUUCUAUGAUGAUAACUUACAUUAUAUUACUGUAUGUUCAGGCCUCUGUAGAAUCUAAUCAGUUUGUAAACACUGGACUGGAGAUGGUAGCUCAAUUGUAAAAGGAAGACGGGAGUUUUAACAUUUGUUAUCUGUUUAGAUUAAAACAUGUUUUAUAGUAGACUGGUAGUUCUGUUGCUGUCAGACUUUUAGAUCAAGUGAAAGGAGUUUGGGGCCCAUCACUGACUUGUCUCCUGUUUAUGAAGUUAAUAUAUAUAUUGAAAUUGUAGUAGGGGUAGAAGAUAGUACGUAUGGGACCUACACUCCAAAAGCAAAUCAAAGUAUUUACAAAGUUAUAAUCAUUAGUCUGAUGAUUUCUUAUGAAAACUGAAAAGGCCAUGAGUUAUUGUUCAACUUGCUAUUAGGAGUAAAGUAAGAGCUGACACUCUUUCCCUUUUUAGUAUAGCAGCCAUGAUUAGUCAGCAUAUUUUUUUUAUUUUUCUUUUGCAUGUAUUUGUUGGAGGAACUUGUAUACAUUUUCUUUGUUUUGGUAAAGAGAUUUUUUUCAAUGUUAGCCCCAAUGUUUUUGUCAUUUCAGGGGUGUGAAGUAAAGACUCAGUCAAUCAUACUGUAGUGAAUGGAGAUUUAUGGCCCCAAGUCUCAAUAAAGCUGUUACAGUUUU